AUGACAAACUCCCAUGACCGUGCCGACCAACAGCUGCCUUCAGAAGAGGCGUCCGAGUGCAUGACGCUCCCGCUAGAACUUAUUGACGAGUGUGUGGGCAAACGCCUGCGUGCGUACCUGAGAGACCGACACGUCUUUGAGGGGACGCUAGUUGGGUUCGACGAGCUCGUCAAUCUCGUCCUUGAGGACGUGGUGGAGGUGGGUCCGAACAGAGACGGCACCGGGACGGUGCCGUCCAAACGGAUGCUGCUCAGUUCGAGAACGCUGGCUAUUCUGGCCCCUCUCGAGUAA